UACUACUACUACUACUACUACUACUACUACUACUACUACUACUACUACUACUAUAUCCUUAAUAGCUAUUAUCAUAUCUCUUAAUUCAGAGUUUACACUGCCAGAUAUUUCAUCGUUGGUCCAGCUAGAUUGUUGACAUUUUUUGUGGCUCACAAUUGGGACAGAAAAUAGUUAUGUAUUGUUUCAAGCUGUAUCGGACCAGCCUCUGAUGCGAGCUGGGAGUGUUUCAGCCCGAAUUCUGGAGAUAGUAGCUUACUCUCAACAAUGCCGGUUGGCCAAGCCAGCCCCCCUGAUGGACACAAUUUUUAAGCAUAAAUAUAGCCAGGUAUAUGGGCGACUUUAGACUCGGAUGCAACCCCUAAGCAAAGCCUUUGCGAGGGUAGAUUUGACGGGCCGGGAAACAGAAUGAUAUGACCUGGGUCCUUCAGGCCAUAUUUGUCCACAAUGUUGUUGCGGUAUUGGCCAGGUUGUUUACACCAUCGCACCUUUACUGAGCUGCAUUCUUAGAACUUAGAGCAGAAUUCCAGUGUUCUUCCGUUUCAUGGACACUCCUGAACAUGUACUCGAGGCCAUUCGAGGCGAUGAAUGCUCUGCCUCCCCCCCCCUAAAUAUUCCUCAACAACAAUCCUUUCCCUAAAACCAACUGUGUACGCAACCUUGAGUUCUAUCUAGACUCACAUUUAUCCUGGACUGAACACACUCAAAUAAAAAGAAUGGAAUUAAACAGAUUUACAUACAGACUUACAGACAACUACACCCCCUACCCUCCUUGCAUCAUUUGCCGAUGACAUAGCCGUCCUUUCUUCUAAUCCCAAUCCUUCAUGUGCUUUGUAGGAGCUCCAACCCAACGAAUAGUGGAAUAGAGCAAAUUUGGAAGUUAAUAAUAAUAAAAACAAUUUAACCUCUGAAGCAAAACCCUUCAUGUAAUAUUCUAUCCCUAAAGUUGUAGGGGCUCCUACAAUCUUGGAUUCUCAUUCAGGACUCAUUUUUAACCUGAAAUUGAGACAUCUAAAUAAACAGAUAAGAACUGAAUAGACUACUCUAUAAACCACUUGGACGCAAAUCUAACAGGUCGACAAAAAAUAAAGUGUUACAAAACACUAGUGAAACUGAUUUGGCUAUAUAGACUAGUACUACGGUGCACAGCUAAACCUACCAAUAUCCAACGAAUUCAGUCUUUUUAAUCUCAGUCUAACACUCCCUACUGUCUCCAAUAUCUCCCUCCAUGAUGAUUUCUUUGUAAAUAGAUUAAUUUCCAACAAAUUUUCUAUGUUCCAUGAAAAACUCUCCACUUGCCCAAACCCUUAUCCAACAUAACCCAUCCCUAUAGUCCGGUGAUAUUAUUAAAGCGGAGAUGGCCCCAGGACUGCCUCGCCAUGGACCAGCCAUUGUGUAAAGUUGGGAGAACAGCAAUGGUUCCUAACUCUACUCAAUACACAAUGCAUUGGCCAAAAUAAGACACCAGCUAUGGUUGAAUAUAUGAACUUUUGACUUUUGUAUGUGCAGAAUGGUGAAAAAAAAUCAUCAUGGAUGUUGAUAAAAAACUGCCGAUGAACUCUGCAUGGACUGAUGUCGGAGAUUUAACGCUUGAUUUCGGUCCAGUUGAGACUGUCCAUUGCUGGAAGCGAAUGCCAGAAUGUGACGAAUUCGUUGGUGCAAGACGAAGUAAACAUACAGUGGUAGCUUAUAAAGAUGCAAUAUAUGUUUUUGGAGGAGACAAUGGGAAAAGUAUGCUGAAUGAUUUAUUAAGAUUCGAUGUUAAAGAAAAAUCGUGGGGUAGAUCAUUUUCUACUGGUGCACCUCCAGCUCCACGAUAUCACCAUUCUGCUGUAGUUUAUAAAUCUUCGAUGUUUGUGUUUGGAGGAUAUACUGGCGACAUACAUUCUAAUUCAAAUUUAACUAAUAAGAAUGAUCUCUUUGAAUAUAAAUUCCUUUCAGGACAAUGGGUAGAAUGGAAAUUUUUGGGAAAAAUUCCUGUGGCGCGUUCGGCACAUGGCGCAGCAGUUUAUGAUAACAAAUUAUGGAUAUUUUCUGGCUAUGAUGGCAAUGCCCGUCUAAAUGAUAUGUGGACAAUAUCUCUACUUCCGGGAGAUAGCAGAACAUGGGAAGAGGUGAAACAAGCUGGAGAUUGCCCACCAACUUGUUGUAAUUUUCCUGUCGCGGUGGCAAGAGAGUCGAUGUUUGUGUUUAGUGGGCAGAGCGGUGCUAAAAUAACUAACAGCUUAUUUCAGUUUAACUUUGUUAAAAAAUGUUGGACAAGAAUUUCAACAGAGCAUAUUCUCAGAGGCGCACCACCUCCACCAACGAGGAGGUACGGCCAUACAAUGGUUGCCUACGACAGGCAUUUAUACGUCUUUGGGGGUGCUGCAGAUUCAACUUUACCAAAUGAUCUUCAUUGUUAUGACCUGGACACGCAGACAUGGUCAGUAGUUGUUCUCGCUCAGGACUCAAAUGUACCGUGUGGACGGUUGUUCCAUGCGGCAGCGGUUGUCGGUGACGCCAUGUACAUUUUCGGAGGGACUAUUGACAAUAACGUUCGAAGCGGUGAAAUGUAUAGAUUUCAGUUUUCAAGUUAUCCAAAAUGUACUUUGCACAAUGAUUUUGGAAGAUUAUUAGAGUCGAAACAGUUUUGUGAUAUGCAGUUCAUUGUGGGUGUUGAUGACAUCGUCAUGCCUGCUCACCUUGCUCUGGUUGCUGCUAGAUCACAAUAUUUAAGGACAAGAAUUCAACAGGCCAAAGAAUUGAGAGAGAAGUCUUGCGAGAAUGAACAAGUGAAUGUUAAAGAUCUUCCAUUGUUGGAAGUAAAAUUAAAGGAUGCUGUGCCUGAAGCAUUUGAAAUGGUGUUGAAUUAUAUUUAUACUGACUGUAUAGAUCCAACAAAGAAAGUUGUCGAUCCAGUGUGCAAUAGGAUCGUAUUACUUAUGAUGGAUGUUUACAGAUUGGCUGUACAGUUUCAUAUGAAAAGACUGGAGCAGCUGUGUGUACAAUAUUUAGAAGCAACUAUCAAUCACCGUAAUGUGUUGGAAGCAUUGCACAACGCCAAUGUACUGAAAUUAUAUUUCAUCAAAGAAUUUUGCCUUAAGUUUAUAGUGAAAGAAACGAACUAUAAUGACAUUAUAAUGAGCAAAGAAUUUGAAAAUUUAGACAGAUCUUUAAUCGUGGAAGUAAUUAGAAGACAGAGAGUGCCUCAGACAAAGUCAAUUUUAGAACCAACAUUCCAAAGUUCAGGAUCGACAUUGGAACAAGAUCUAGAAGUCUUUUUGAAAUCGACCGGGAGCGAAUUCUGUGACAUUAUUUUAUUGCUGGAUGGAAAUGAAAUUCCCGCUCAUAAAUCCAUCUUGGCUGCACGGUGCAGCUACUUUGAAGCCAUGUUCCGUUCUUUUAUGCCAGAAGACAACAUUGUUCAGAUUCAAAUCGGGGAAAUGGUUCCUUCACGACAAUCAUUUGAUUCACUUCUUAGAUAUAUAUAUUAUGCAGAUGUUAAUAUGCCACCAGAAGAUUCUCUCUAUUUGUUCAGCGCUCCUUAUUUUUAUGGUUUCACCAAUAAUAGACUACAGGCAUUUUGUAAGCAGAACCUUGAAAUGAAUGUUUCAUUAGAAAAUGUAAUUCAGAUAUUAGAAGCUGCUGACAGAAUGCAAGCGGCUGAUAUGAAAAGAUACGCUUUGAGCCUUAUCGUACACAAUUUUCCCAAAGUUGCUCGACUACCAAAAUUAAGGAGUUUAAAUCACCAUCUGUUGAUAGAUAUUUUAGAAGCCUUGGCAAAAGACAUGAAUGAUGAAAAACAGAGUAGUGAAAUGAGCACCCUUCUAGUGCCUGAAACAAGUGGAUUUUUUAGGAACUUCUGAUUAGAUGUGCCAAAACUUCACUGCACCGAAUUGCUCAAAAAAUUUAUAUAUUGAUACCAAUGAAGGUUUAUUAAUAAUUAUAUAUAUAAAAAGAAAAAGAAAAGAAAAUAUUUAAAAAAAUUGUGUAUAGUCAUCUCUAUAAUGCAAUAUCUGAGUAAAGAGUAAAAUUAAUUAAUAACAAAUAAAUUAUAGUCAAAUGUAUUAACAUUCUAAUAUACUGAGACAAAAAGUUUUAAAAUUAACAAUUUUAAAGUGUGAAAUUUAGCUUGUAGCCAUAGCAUGGCCAAAGUAUUGGAAAUUUGUAGACAAAUUUUAGUUUUUGUAGAUUUAAAAUUUAAUUAAAGUGAAACUUCCCUGUAAUGGACACUCUUGGAGAAUGAAAUCUUAUCUGCUUUUGGGAUAAGAGUGAAAAAAUGUUUAGUAUUAGCAAGAUGGACCACAAUGGGGAUUACAAAAUAUCAACACCUUUGAAACAUGAGGAUUUUUAGCCUUUUCUAUGACCAGAAGGUUUUUCAAAUUCACUGAACACACUUUUGUAUAAGAGCAAAGUUAAACUUUGAAACCUUUCUUCUCUAAAAAUGAUUGUUUUUAACUGUGCAUAGUGUUAUAGUUGAUAUUGGGUGUUGGUCUACGUAUCAGUGAACUCAUGCUGAAUUGGCUUAUGAGAUCUGUCUUCACUCGUGGGUUUGUUUUGUCAAUUCAAACAUGUUUCUUCAUUGCAAAGUGCUGUAAAAAAUAAGGUCAUCUCAUUGCAAUUGAAAAUGUAUUUGGGCUCAAAAUCAGCGCAAUAUUAUGUUUUUCCAUCCAGUUUUGUAAACCUCGGUUCUUUACUCCAAUAAUGGUUUUAAGAGAAAAAUUAUGCCAUGUUUUAAAUUCAUCAAGCCAACGUGAAGAUGUUUUAAAUUGCCCUAAAUGUUUUGCAAUGUCUAAGGCCUUUUCUCGGAUAAACAGAUCAGUGGUAUUUUACAAGUCUAAACAUGGCAAAACCAAUCAAAAUUGUUUCCUUACUUGAGGCAGAUGUUUUAAGAAAAAUCUGCGGUGUUGUUAAUUUCUGUUUGUAAAAUUUAUCUAAAAGUUUCUUUUUAUUCUUUACAAUUUCACUUGCUUGGGUCUUUUUGAUGGAAAACUUUGCAGCCAAGCCUUGCACAGUUAGUUGUUCACUUUCACUCACUUUAGUUAUAUUAAUUUUUCCUUUAGGGGUCAAACUUACUGACAAAGAACUUAAACAUAUUUAUAUAUUGGCAAAACCUAAAUUUAGGGAUAUUGGGCAAAUAUUGGAAGGCGAACGAAGCACAUAAGAGGAAUGGCAUUUCUCAGAAAACAUUCAUUUUCGAGAGUCUGCCAUCCACUUUUGGGAGAGUUUUAGAGUCAGAAUAUAGUUGAAAAAUCUGUCCUCAUCCAUUAUUGGGAGUGUCCGCUUUAGAGAAGAUUUUAGUGAUGAAACUAAUGGGAACACACUGGGGAAUCAUAAUUUGUCCAUUCAAGGAAUUUCACUGGAUUAGGAAAAUCUCAUUAUUUUAUUUUGAACACAAACCAAAUAAAUCAGGAAGAACUUUUAACAACAAUCUUUAUAAAUACAAAUAAAGCAAUAAAUUAACAUAAAUUAUAAUUAACUUUUAGACUUCACAGUUUUUAUUUGUUUAAACUUUCAUUCAAAAUUAAAUCAUUUUCCAAUUUACAGCCAGUUCACACUUUAAUCAAGUCGCCAGAUUCUCAUUCAUAUAAAAAUCUCAAAAUAAAUCAGUCGUGCUAAUAGUAUAACAUUAUUACACGUGCUAUUAAAAGCAUUGUAGCAGUCAUUGAGUACCUGUAUAGAUUACGCUUUCAGAAAAAUUGUUAUUUACAUAAUAUGAACACCAAAAUUAUAUUUUGUUCAAAAUAUUCUAUUGAUGUUGUAACAAUUUUUUUUAAAUAUAAUUUUUUGUUGAAUGAAUGUAAAAGCACUAAUACAGCCUUUUAGUUUAAGAGAUUUAAGCAUUUAAUGGCAUCGUGUCAUUUUAACAUUUGUUGAACAUGCCUUCAAAUCACACUACCUCAGCAUGUCGGCCAAUGCUUUUUUUAAAUGAAGUGUUAAUUGUAAUUUUUAGUUACCACUAUAUUCUGCAUUAUGCUUUUAUUAAUUGACUACUGUGAUAAGCAUAAAUUCCUUUCUUUUUUGUUACAAGUACAGUGUCGAUUAUUUUUCUGUUUUAGAUUAGCAUUUAGCAACUAGUAAUUAAUAUUAAAUUAUAAACGGAAGUUUAAAAAAUAAUUUGUAGUUAGUUUCUUAUAGUGGAAGUUUUUAACAGGUCUUUAAUAAUUAAUUCUAACAGGUAAUUAAUAAUUAAAACCUGUAAUUAUUUAAAAAGUUAAAAGAGAAGAAAAGUGUAGAUUAAAUGUAAUUCGUGCAUUUUUGACCGUAAUUAAUAAAAUCAGAUAAACCAAUACCAAUACCAGCCUGAUGGCCAUAAAUUAAUGAAUUUUCUCCGCAGUCAUUAUUUUAAAAUAAUGUACCCUUUGACGAUAGAUUGCUUAAUUUCCUUUAGAAAAAUACUUGGCAGUUAGAAUAAUUAAAUUGAAUCUCUGCGAAUGAAUGCAUGGCCACUGGUUCUUUUAUUUAUUAAAAAAAAAAGUUGCAUAUAUUUUGUAAAGAAAACCUACUGUAAGAAGUAAAUUAUAACACA